CCUGCGGCAGGUGCGCGGCUCGGCGGGGCCGCCCGGGAGGCUGCGGCGGCGGGAGGAGAAGCAGCAGCAGCAGUGAGGGGGACGGGGGCGCCCGGCCGGGCAGGAUGAACAACCCUAUACCUUCCAACCUGAAGUCAGAAGCUAAAAAGGCAGCUAAAAUAUUACGAGAAUUUACAGAAAUAACUUCCAGAAAUGGACCAGAUAAAAUCAUACCUCCUCAUGUAAUAGCUAAAGCCAAAGGCCUUGCAGUUUUGUCCGUUAUCAAAGCUGGAUUUCUGGUGACUGCUCGGGGAGGAAGUGGAAUUGUAUUAGCUCGUCUUCCUAAUGGAACCUGGUCUGCUCCUUCUGCAAUAGGAAUUGCUGGCCUUGGUGGUGGAUUUGAAAUUGGAAUUGAGGUUUCAGACUUAGUGAUAAUACUGAAUCAUGAAAGAGCAGUGGAAGCUUUUGCCAAAGGAGGGAAUCUUACACUUGGAGGAAAUCUUACUGUGGCAAUUGGACCUCUGGGGAGAAACUUAGAAGGGGAUGUUGCUCUAAGAAGCUCUGCUGCUGUCUAUACAUACUGCAAAUCUAGAGGACUGUUUGCAGGUGUAUCUCUGGAAGGAACCUGUUUAAUUGAAAGGAAAGAAACCAAUCGCAAGUUUUAUGGGCAGGAUAUUCGUGCUAGUGCCAUCCUGCUUGGUGAUGUGCCUUUUCCUGCUCAAGCAGAUGAUCUUUAUGAAAUUCUAGCAUCCUUCACUGAAGUGUAUGAAAAUGAAGAACAAAAAAAUAAUCCAGGAAAAUCUGUAAGGGAACAAAAAAGGGUAAAUGACCCACCUGCUAGACCAUCAUCUAGACCAGAGCCACCUAAACCCACUGUUAGACCUACACCACCAGCUAAAAAGAACACGAACAAACUUUAUCCUGAACUUCCCAAUGCUUAUGCAUCUGAGGAUAACUCUUGUAGUGAUCCAGUAGAAGUGACAGCACUUUAUUCAUUUGAAGGACAACAGCCAGGUGAUUUGACAUUCAAAGCUGGAGACAAAAUCACAGUCACAACUAAAACAAAUUCCCAGUUUGAUUGGUGGGAAGGAAGAAUAGGAGGACAAACUGGCAUCUUUCCAGCCAAUUAUGUUGCCAUAAGUAACAACUAAAUUUGUACAGCAAAAAAAGUUGAGGCAGUAAUAUAUUCACACUGAAAAAUAUAUUUUAACUUUUCAGAUUUUAUUAAAAUGAGAUUCUCAAUCUAUUCUAACAAAAAAAAUGAAA